CUGCACCUCAAAAAGCAGCUUAUGAUCCAUACCUUGAGAGUAUCAUCAGCUCUGAUGAUGAAGAAACACCAACUUUAGAUGUGGCUGCUCGAACGAGCACGUCACAUACUUUAGUUAUUUCAGAAAAACCAGUUGAAGUGGAGGAAUCGUCGCCUCCUCAACAAAAUGUUGAUACAUCUACUCCUCCUUCGAGCCCCCGUGCCCCUUCACCAAAAAGGGCACGGGUUGAAAAGAUUGUUAAUCCUACCCCUCAGUUGGGCAGUUCGUCGACUCUGCUCUUAGAUGAUCCAAUGAUCAAAGAGCUUCUUCGGAUCGGGUCCCAAUUUGUUGGGUACCGUGAAUAUGCCGCCAGAGCCGAAGAAAAACUUUCAGAGGCCAACGAACGUGUCGACGCACUUGCUCAAAAACUCGAGCAAAGUGAGGCGGCUCGCAAGAAAGCUGAACUUGCUGCUAGCAAAGCCAAGGCCGAGGUUGAUGAAGCCAAGGUGAAAGCUGCUAGUGUCGAGGAACUGCAGAGGAGGCUCAAAGAUGCCGAAUCUGCCUUAGAUGAGCAGAAAACUGCACAAACUGUGCGUGAACAAGAGAUCAUCAAGCGUCUGAAGUCGCAAAGUCGACGUACGCUGACCCAAACAAACCAAGAUUUUGAUCUGGAGAAUCCCGUCAAUGACCCUCUCCUUGAUGCACUUUCUCUUCUGGAGUUCCAUGGGCGCGAAAUUCGUGAAGGCGUGGCCAAUGCCAGUGAACUGACUGGGAGGAGGCUGGUAGCUCAAGAACUGGAGCAGCAGACGCAGGAUAACAUGGCUCCAAUUACUAGUCCAACACGCAUCACUCAUAUCGAGAGAUAUUAUGGCCCUAGUUUCAGGGCAAUGGCGCGUGAUCUGCCUCUCACGGUGACAAGCUAUCAACUGCAACUCUUCCUCAGCAAGCACGGCAAAGUGUCCAAUGUGGAGGUACUCUACUAUAGAAAGACCAAGCGUUCCCAGGGUAUUGGCCUCUUUACCAUGUCGACGAUACAUGCCAACGUGGAAGAUGCUCUAGAGGCUCUUAACGCACUAGCUUUGGACGGAUGCAGUCUCAACAUUAAGUUGGUAAGGAGGGGCAUCGAUGACCGAGGAUGUCUUCAAUAG